AUGCGCUAUUUAGCAUAUUCACUGCUUGUCUUGCUGUUUUGCUCGGCUCUUGGUGCUGAUGAGAAGAAGGAAGACGUUAAGAAGUUGCCAAAAUGCAAUCAUAUCGAUCCCUAUGUCGACUUGGAAGGAUGGCUGAAAUUAGAGCAGCUUGGCAAACGCGAAUGCAAUCAUACAACGAUUUUGGACGAUCUCAGCGAGGAGGAAAAGAAAAAGUAUGAUUGGGGAAGCAAGAGUUUUGCUUUCGAUGCUUUAGCUAGUGAAAAGCUUGGCCCAAACAGAGAGGUUGGAGCUCAAGCGCAUGAAUUAUGCGCAAAGGAACAAUAUGAUGCUGAAUUAUCCACCUCAAUUGUCGUCAUUCACCAUAAUGAAGCGCUUUCAACAAUUCUUCGAAUGCUUGAAGGAAUCUUCAAGUACACCCCAGCGAAACUGUUGAAGGAAAUUGUCAUUUAUGAGGAUGCUUCUGAGGAAGAGCACGUUUUGACAAAACACUUGGAGAAAUACGCGAAACUUCGUGGUGUUGAGGAUAAGUUGGUGAUUUCGAGAAGCGAAUAUCGUCAGGGAUUGAUUAAAGCCAAGGUUCGUGCUUCCCGCCUCGCCAAGGGAGACGUCAUUGUGUUCAUGGACAGUCACUGCGAAGUUUCCGAGAGAUGGCUUGAACCACUUCUCCAGCCAAUUAAGGAGAAUCCAAAAGCCGUUGUUCUUCCUGUUGUCGAUUUGAUCAACCCGGUAUCGUUCGAAUAUUCGAAGAGCAUGGUAGCGAAGAGCGGAUUCGAUUGGGGAUUGACAUUCAAAUGGAUCUACCUUCCAUGGGAAUACUUUGAGACACCGGAAAAUAAUGUGAAACCAUUCGAAUCGCCAGCUAUGCCGGGAGGUCUUCUCGCAAUCCGCCGUGAUUAUUUCAAGGAACUCGGAGAAUAUGACAUGGGAAUGGAGAUUUGGGGAUCGGAGAACAUCGAACUCUCACUCAAGACAUGGCUUUGCGGCGGAAAAGUGCUUGUUGCUCCGUGCUCGCGCGUCGGACACGUCUUCCGAAUGCGCCGGCCGUAUUCGUCGAAGCCUGGAAUGGACACCGCAUUGUACAAUGCCGUGAGAGUGGCAAAAACGUGGCUCGGCGAUUAUCAGAAGCAUUUCUUCAAAGCGAAGCCGCGAGGAGAGAAAAUCGUGUUCGGCGAUAUCAGCGACACCAUUGAAAUCCGCGAUCGCCUCAAAUGCAAGGACAUGAAAUGGUUCAUCGAAAACGUGUAUCCGGAAUUGAAGCCCAACGUUCACGACGAGUUGUAG